UGUACAUCUCCGAUGGUCGCAAGUUGCCAGUGAUCGCUGGCGACCGCACGCUUCUCGUGGGGGUGAAACAGAUCACACAGCACAGACAUCUGAAAAGGCACUUCUAUUGAUGGAGGAAGCUUCAAGACACGGAAAAGAAAGUUGCAUCGGCCCUUUUUUGGUGAUGUAAGCGGAUCGCCAACGAAAAGCAGAAAGCAUGCUGCUGUGAAUUUAAUUACAACUCUUCCAUUAUUGAGUAAAAUACUACAUUUUCCCUCAGUGUUGGAAUACAGAACUGGUUGCAAAAUGCAUGGCUUUUAUGAACAUGUCAGCAAAGUGAUAGCCUAGUCAUUCUCAACGGAGAACAGUGGCCAUUUGCCAGUGCCACCCUUUUUCGUUUUUUGGGUCUUUUUUUAGUAUUGAAAAUGUGGAUGCAAUUGUGAAUUUGUUGCUGUUUCCAUGCGUCUUUCUCCUCCAGACCUCAGGACGUUGUUGUGGAUUGUAUUGCUAUUUAAUGCAAUGGGCUGUAUCCAGAGUAUCAGGUGUAAGCCCAAGAGUUUCCGUGAAAGUAUCAUCGUUCUCGAGGUGAACUCCUCAAUCGACUCCAAUCCAACCAGCAUCGACGAGUCAUCCAACGUGGUUCUGCGCUAUCGGACACCGCACUUCCGAGCCUCUGCUCGGGUACUAGUGCCGCCCAUGGCCUGUAAAGAGACGUGGACUGUUGGCUGGAUCCAAGCAUGCAACCACAUGGAGUUUUAUAACAAAUAUGGAACCAAAGGGAUGUGAGUAUCAACCUAAACCCAACCCACAUAACAAGGGAACGUAUACAACCAUGUGAAAUGUAAGUCUAGGCCUACUUCAAGUUCACCAACGGUGCAGGUGAUGCGGUAGGCUACUUCGGGCUACAGUCUAAUCAGGUGCAGAGGCAAUCACAUUUGAGUAGACUAAGACCUAAUAUAAAUAACCCUGAAUUAAAAUGCCAGACAAUACCUGCCAUCCGUAAUCUACCUCAUGUUUCAUAUUCACCUCUCAAUGGCACUGGGGCUUUGACACCUCCAAUAUAUUUUCGGAGAUUGGAGGGCUAACUCCAGAACGUCAACAGUCUACUGUACCUCGAUGCUGGAGCACACUUGCGUCAUGAUGACUUCCCGGGAAAAGUUAGUGGAAAUUAGGAAAGGUGGAAAAGCCAAGGCACAUUUUUAUUCAUACUGCAAAUCCAUCCUUUUGCAAAAUCAAAUCAAUUAUUGGAUUGAAAAAACCCAAACUAUCAAGACAAAAAUCCACUUUUAUAUCUCAUGUCCAUGGGGAUAAACCCUAUGCCCCUAUGUCAUUCAAAGCCUAAAAUAUUAAUAUUUUCCCACAAAGAUGGAAGAACAGAAUCAUCUAGAAUGUCAUUGUAUGCUGUAGUGUUAAGAUUUCCCUUCACUGGAACUAAGGGGCCUAGCCCGAAACAACAGCCCCAGACCAUUAUUCCUCAUCCACCAAACUUUACAGUUGGCACUAUGCAACUUUUCUAUUGGCACUAUGCAUUCGGGUAGGUAGCGUUCUCAUGGCAUCCGCCAAACCCAAAUUCGUCCGUCGGACUGCCAGACGGUGAAGCGUGAUUCAUCACUACAGAUAAUGCAUUUCCACUGCUCCAGAGUCCAAUGGCGGCGAGCUUUACACCACUCCAGCCGACGCUUGGCAUUGUGCAUGGUGAUCUUAGGCUUGUGUGCGUCUGCUCAGCCAUGGAAACCCAUUUCAUGAGCUCCUGACGAACACUUAUUGUGCUGACGUUGCUUCCAGAGGAAGUUUGGAACUCGGUAGUGAGUGUUGCAACGGAGGACAGACAAUGUGUAUGCGCUACAUGCUUCAGCACUUGCCGGUCCCCUUCUGUGAGCUUGUGUGGCCUACCACUUCGCAGCUGAGCUGUUGUUGCUCCUAGACAUCUCCACUUCACAAUAACAACACUUACAGUUGAUCGGGCAGCUCUAGCAUGUCAGAAAUUUGACGAACUGACUUGCUGGAAAGGUGGCAUCCUAUGACGGUGCCACGUUGAAAGUCACUGAGCUCUUCAGUAAGGCCAUUCUACUGCCAAUGUUUGUCUAUGGAGAUAACAUGGCUGUGUGCUCGAUUUUAUACACCUGUCAGCAACGGGUGUGGCUGAAAUAGCCGAAUCCACUAAUGUGAAGGGGUGUCCACAUACUUCUGUAUAUAUAGUGUAUCAAUUCACUGUCUCUGGUGCAUAGAGAGGCGAUAGUGUCCUUGAAGAUGCAGUACGCUUUAGCACUGUUGGAUUCUAUAGAACGGUGAAGUGGGCAAGGACUGAGUCCACAAUUUUCUUUAAAGCCAAGGCUUUCAUAAACACUCCCUGUUCAAUUGAUCCAUUCGAGCUGGGUUUCAUUGUGAGGUAGGCUACUGGAGUCAACAGAAACUGUAUGUAUGAGAAAUCACAUUAUUUUCCAAAUAUUACGAAAUUAGUUAAAGUGAGCUCAGGCAGUUAGCUCAAAUUGACUACACAUGUUAGAAUCACCUAUGGCAGCGAUUACAGCUGUGAGUCUUUCUGGGUAAAAUUCUUCAAGCUCUGUCAAGUUGGUAGAUCAUUUCUAGACAGUCAUUUUCAAGUCUUCCCAUAGAUUUUCAAGCCUAUUUAAGUGAAAACUGUAACUAGGCCACUCAAGAACAUUCAAUGUCGUCUUGGUAAGCAACUCCAGUGUAUAUUUGGCCUUGUGUUUUAGGUUAUUGUCUUGCUGAAAGGUGAAUUUGUCUCCCAGUGUGUGUUGGAAAGCAGACUGAACCAAAUUUUCCUCUAGAAUCUUGCCUGUGCUUAGCUCUGUUCCGUUUCUUUUUAUCCAAAAAUGUUUCCUAGUACUUGCCGAUGACAAGCAUACCCAUAACAUGAUGCAGCCACCACCAUGCUUGAAAAUAUGAAAAGUGGUACACAGUGAUGUGUUGUGUUGGAUUUGCCCCAAACAUAACGCUUUGUGUAUUCCGGAUGUAAAGUACAUUUCUUUGCCACAUUUUUUGCAGUUUUACUUUAGACCCUUAUUGCUAACAGGAUGCAUGUUUUGGAAUAUUUUGCAUUCUGUACAGGCCAUCUUCUUUUCAGUCUGUCAGUUAGGUUAGUAUUGUGGAGUAACUACAAUGUUGUUGAUCCAUCUUCAGUUUUAUCCUAUCUGUUUAAAGUCACCAUUGGCCUCAUGGUGAAAUCCCUGAGCGGUUUCCUUCCUCUCCGGCAACUGAGUUAGGAAGGACGCCUGUAUCUUUGUAGUGACUGGGUGUAUUGAUAGACCAUCCAAAGUGUAUUAAUAACUUCACCAUGCUCAAAGGGAUAUUCAAUGUCUGCUUGAUUUAUUUUUACCCAUCUACCAAUAGGUGCCCUUCUUUGCGAGGCACUGGAAAACUUCCCUGGUCUUUGUGGUUGAAUCUGUGUUUGAAAUGCACUGCUCGACUGAGGGACCUUACAGACAAUUGUAUGAGUGGGGUACAGAGAUGAGGUAGUCAUUCAAAAAUCAUGCUAAACACUAUUAUUGCCACAGAUUGAGGCCAUGCAACUUAUUAUGUGACUUGUUAAGCACAUUUUUACUACUUAACUUAUUCAGGCUUGCCAUAACAAAGGGGUUGAAUACUUAUUGACUCAAGACAUUUCAGAUGUUCUUUUUAUAUUAAUUUGUAAACAUUUCUAAAAACAUUAUUCCACUAUGACAUUAUGGGGUAUUGUGUGUAGGCCAGUGACACACACAAUAUCAGUUUAAUCCAUUAAAAAUUCAGGCUGUAACACAACAAAAUGUGGAAAAAGUCAAGGGGUGUGAAUACUUUCUGAAGGCACUGUAUACCCAGAAUGCAGAGGGUUUAUCUUCACCCGUUGCAGCAUGGGAUGUUUCGGGUCUGCAUGUCAAAGAUUACACACACCCAAUACUACAAUCCCCUACAUGACCUCCUCCCCUUGCCCUAGUCUGGCUAUGUGUGUUUGUCUGUGUGUGUGUGUGUGUGUGUGUUAAUCUAUCGCACUGGGCCUAAAGAGCUACUGAAUGGAAAAAACAAAAUGAAUGCUGUGUGGAGAUUAGAGAGACGUCCCUCGGCUCUGCAAACGAAACAUAAUAUGAAAAGAGAAUAGAGAGGAGAGUGAGAGAGAUUAAACUGGUAUUAACAACCUCUCUCUCUCUCUCUCUCUCUCUCUCUCCCUCAUUUUAUGGCAGGCAGCAAUGUUUUGGCUUCUUCUCUUUAUUAUUGCAGCAUCGCCUCAGUCAAUGCGUUGGGCUAUCUUCUAUCUAAUCUCUCUCUUCACUUCUAUCUUGCUGCUCAGAAUCUCGGAGAGCCCGCUAACGAUACUGAGAUCAUAACGGCACAGAGAGACAGAUUGCUCUCUCGUCUCUAUCAUCGCUCUCUCUCUCAUCUCUCUCUCUCUCUAUCAUCUCUCUCUCUCUCUCUCUCUCUCUCUCUCUCUCUCUCUCUCUCUCUCUCUCUCUCUCUCUCUCUCUCUCUCUCUCUCUCUCUCUCUCUCUGAGCAGCUAUCACCUCAUAUGGCACAAAUACUGAACAGAUCCUCUAUUCUGGGCAGAUCAAUGGCCAAAGUAAAUGUGCAUCUCCUCUCUCAUCUAAGCGACACAUUUCUGCUGAUUUGGGAUUAUAAAAAGAAUGCCCCGGUAGUCUGAUUUGUAAGGCUAUACAGUAGCAUUUCCCCCUUAUGCUUUUCUGUGUACCGAGAGCCUACUCUCUGAAAGAGAGGACCACGAUUUCCCUGUAAGACUUGUCGUUAGUCUUGACAAAUGCCUUCAUACAUUUAAGCUCAUUACCAUAAUCAUUCAGUGCUGCCCUUUUGACUGCAAUCUCAGAGAAAGACAAAAGUUAUUUAGUAGCUUCUUAAUAACACAGAGAGAGCUGUGUCAUCCAUGUUUGAGGAGACAGUGAAGAUGCAGGACAUAAGUUCUCUCUUUCUCUAUUGAGACUGCUGUUCUGAGUUACGUCAAUUACGGCAGUAAACUUCCAGAAUGCUCUGGUCUAAUUGGACAGAGCGACUCAGGAUAAUACUGUGGAUGAUUUCUCUGUCGGCUCAUGUGCGUGCCCUAGUUUUGGAAUCUGCCAGGCACUCUGUCUUACGGUCGCUGUGAUUGGAAAAUAGAGUAGAGCAUCAGUAGUCUAGCAUUCUCUUUGUGUGGUAUAGUAGAGUUAGGUGUGUAUCACACUGAUGUAAUGCUACACACACACACACAAGAAUUCAAGCACGUAGGUGGAGACGUACACAGUAAGCACGCACACACACACACAGAACUCACACACCCUGGUAAGACUCAAGAGGGCGGUCCCAAGCAGUUUUUCCAGACUGUGCACACUCGCUUCGGCACAGAGCCACAGACUUAGACACACCACAUCCACAACAUCCCCCAGACAAACUCACACACCCACACAAAACUGCCAGAGCCCAGAAAUCGUUCGUCCCCACCAGUAUCAGACAAAAAAAACAAAUAGCUGAACUGAAUAUGAACUGUAUCCACGUGUUGUUUCUUGUUGUGAUAUUGCUAGAGAUUUACACUGUUGAACGCAUUUAUGCACUCUAUCUGGUGAUGCUGGGCUGUUAUGUUUGAGAUGCAAGACACAUUUCCUGAAAGGGACACAAUAAAUAAUAAUAAUUACACACACACACACACACACACGGCUCAAGGAUGCUAUGAUUGAUUACCCUGAAUCAGCCAGCCUGCCAUCCCUGUGUCUGAGUAGCCCGUCUAAAUAAUUUCUCCCUUCCCUACUUGGUAAAAGGUGAUUGCUAUCCAUUUUACCUGCAAUAAAACCUCCUUUAUAGUAGCACAAUUCAGCUAUAUCACUUUAUAAGAUGGUACAGCAAAGUGUUGGUGUCUGCUUGUCAUGUAUUUAGCCCCUCACUCAACAUCAAAAGAAGCCAAGCCUGCCACUACUGUUGAUCGGCCAUUUAGUCUGUUGGGUUCUUCCUAGUAUCUAUUUCAAUAGAGCACCUCCCAUGGUUUUGAAUACUGUUCUGAAAAUAGUAUAGUACUAUAAUAAAAAUGCCAUCUAUAAAGAGUAGGUAGAUCCUGUAGUAUCAUUAGACUUCCAAUAGGGGGAGAAAGAAAAAGGUAAAUGUUUUUGCUUUUGGGCAUGUUCUGUUCUCAAGAAACCAUGUGUUAGCAAGAUAAAAAAUACAAGGAGUGCUUUGUUGGCCAUUGUCUGUAGUCGUUGGCCCUUCACAGUGAAAUUGAUGUAACAAUUUGGCUCCUGUCAGAGAUAUAUUUAUAGAUGUAAAGAUUGCUGAAGUAUUUUUGGAGACAGAUCGAUAGAGAGGAUAGGAUAGUGAUUUGUAGCGACAAGAAUGGACAUGGAUAAAACACACACACACACAGAUCAUUUAUUUAUAAAGCCCUUUUUACAUCAGUAGUUGUCACAAAGUGCUUAUGCAGAAACUGUGCCAAUGUCCAUGCAGGCCUGUCAUGUGGCUGGUGAUCACACUGUUAUAUACAGCAGUUCUGCUGAUCCUCCACUUCUGGGAGAAAGGUCAUUUUCUUCCUGCCGAGGGGGAAUCGAUAGGCGGAUGGACCGGAUUGUUUAUGAGGUGCCUCUAUCCCACAAUGUCACCAGCUGCGUCUCAAUACUCCAAAAUUGCCAAAGUGGCCUCUCCUCGUUUCCUUCACUUAAUUCACUCAGAUCUGAAAUAAGGGUGGACGAGGAAAAGCAAUCCCAAUAGGCUUAGGACAUAUCGCUUUCACCUAUCCUGUGUUGACAGAUCAUUGGUCAGUGAGAAAUGAGAAAAGGAAGCCAUUUGUGAUUAUUGCCAUGCAUCUACAGUGACUUACUACACAGGAGUGGGUUAGACAGGCAGGGAGGCUGUUAACAAUGGGAACCUGGGGUGUGCUGUGAUUGUGCUGCCCUGCCCUGAUUCUCAAUAGCUACUGAGAUGAUGUUUGUAUAACAAACCCACUCUGCCAGGCUGUUUGAGCCUCUCAUGGAGAAAGUCUCCUCCACUUUUCUUAUCCUCCAGCCUUUAUUUAACAGCGGGUAAGAGCCUAUUACGAUUGAUAUCUCACUCAAAUACGUUUUGUCAGCAAAGCAGUAGCCACAUGCAGAGAGAUUCCCACUUGUAAAACAAGUCUCACCUUCUUGUUUCCACUUCCAGGUUAAAGGAACAGUUCACCCAAAAUUCACACCAUAAAACUGGUCUAAAAUCGAGUUCCGUUGACAGUUCACACCAUCUGUUGUGUAGAUUUAGCUAUAUUUACACACGGAUACUUCAAUCCCAUGUGAAUGUGAGUGAUUGGCACUAUCUUUGAUUUUGUCGUGAACUAUCCCUUUAAGCCUCACUCUGUUUUCCCUUCCGGGUUAAAUCUAACUACCUGCUUUUCCACUUCCAGGUCGAGCUGGGAACUCCCUGACCUGCGGGAUGGCAAGAUCCAGGCCAUCAGCGACUCGGACGGCGUCAACUACCCAUGGUAUGGCAACACCACGGAGACGUGCACCAUCGUGGGCCCCACCAAGAAGGACACCAAGUUCACGGUCAGCAUGAACGACAACUUCUAUCCCAGUGUUACGUGGGGCGUGCCUGUGAGUGACAGCAACCUGCCGCAGCUCAGCAGCAUCCGCCGUGACCAGAGCUUCACCACCUGGCUGGUGGCCAUCAAUCAGGCCACGGCCGAGACCCUGGUGCUGCAGACCAUCCGCUGGAGAAUGCAGCUCCACAUCGAGGUGGACCCAGACAAGCCCUUGGGCCAGAGGGCUACGCUGCGCGAGCCCGUGGCCCAGGAGCAGCCCCAUAUCCUGGGCAAGAACGAACCCAUCCCCCCCAACGCCAUGGUCAAGCCCAACGCCAACGACGCUCAGGUGCUCAUGUGGCGGCCAAAGACCGGGGACGCCAUCGUGGUCAUCCCGCCCAAAUACUGACUGACCUCUGGGGGUUAAACGCUCUUCCUCUUCUCCCACUCCUCUACCUACACCUCACUUUUCCUUUCUUCUCCUUUUAACCUUCCCUCAAGCUCCUUGCCUCUAUUUGCCUCUACGUUUCCCACCUCUCCUCUCUUUUUUUGUAAGAAUUGAGCGAGAGAGGGAGAGAGAGAGAAAGUGAAACAAGGACAAGAGCAGCUUGGAGAAAGAGGACACUCAUUGCCUAUAAGUGGGAGCUGAAGCUGACUUUAAAAACAGGAGUGAACAAACUGCAACCAUUCUACCUUCAAACUGGGUCGGGUUUCACUGUGCUAGAUGAAGUAAUUGCAAAAAAACAACAGAAACUGCAUUUUUGGUUCAAUUUUUUGG